UAUCCAGAUUUCUGACCAUACAAAAUGGCGCUGAGUCUGACGUCAUAUCCGUAAAUAUUGUAAAUGUGCUUCAGUCAUAUGUCACUGAAAAAGGAGCUUCUAGAUGGUUGUAUGAGUAAUAUCCCGAUUUGUGAAUACAUAGAAUGCGACCGAUCUGAUUACGACAGUUCAUAAAUACAUCAAGAAACGAUUUACGCCCUAACACCCAUGUUUGUGUGAAUGGUACAGGUGAUUAUCACUACAGAAUCCAGCGAAAAGAAUUGACCAACCAAGAAGAACCAAGACUCUAAUUCCACCAAAAUGGAUCACAAUGAGCAAGAUGACCAGUUGAAUGAUUCGUUUGAUGGAGAAUUCCCUCCACAAGGGUCCUCAGACGUCAGCGGCUUAGAUUCAUCAAGUGAUGCUGAGACCUUACAGAAGAAAAGGAGGACAGUCAGUCCUUUUGUGGUUGCAGCAUCUCCCCCAAAGUUUGUCACCUUUGACAACAUAAUGCAGGCUGCCAGUGGUGUGUCCAACAUGGCUCUAGCUCACGAGAUAGCAGUUGACAGUGAAUUCAAACUGGAGAAACUGGAAGCACCCCAAAACAGCAUCGAGAAACAGGUGAAGGAGGUCAUGCACAAAGUAUUCUGGGACGUGUUGCAAGAAAAGUUAGCACAAGAUCCACCAGAUAAUUCACAUGCUUUGCUACUACUGGCGGAAGUCAAAGAGAUUCUGCUGACAAUCUUACUGCCACAACAUCAAAGGUUAAAAGUCCACAUCGAGGAGGUUCUUGACCUUGACCUUAUUAAACAAAAGGCAGAAAAUGAAGCGAUGGAUAUAAUGUACUAUGCUGACUUCAUCAUCUCCAUCAUGGCUCGUCUAUGUGCCCCCGUCCGAGAUGAUCAAAUUGCCAAGUUGAGGGAGGUGAAGGAAGUUGUGCCACUGUUCAAGGAAGUAUUUGCUGUCUUGGACUUGAUGAAAAUGGACAUGGCCAACUUCACAAUCCAGCAGAUCCGGCCGUAUCUGCAGCAGCAAUCGGCAGAUUAUGAGAGGAAGAAGUUCCAGGAUUUUAUUGCAGCACAAGAAGAAAUUGGAUUGGACGGCCUAGAAAUGACCAAAAAGUGGUUAGAGAGGAAUUUUACGAAACUUCAGUCGGAGAGUUCUUCGCAAUCCCAGGGUGCCUCUGCAUCAAGCACACAGAACCUACUGACACCGGCUUCCAUUCUCAACACUGCCUAUAUCGAGCUUCUUAACUGGGAUGAGAACUUACAGUUAUAUCCAGAGACCUUGGUGAUGGACUAUACCCGUUUCUCCGAUCUGCGUGACAAGAAAAAAAACUUGUCGUUGAUCUCUUCGUUACUUCUGUUGACAUACACCACAGCUGGUCAGGCUAUUGCUGGCAUCAAUGGCUUCAAGGAGAAACUCAAGAAAGAAAUUGCCAUAUUGCUUGAUGGAGUUCCAGAGAGUGAAAUUAAGAGCAAAAUAGCACACGUUGCAGAUCAUGUGAUCCGUCAAGUGGAUGAAUGUCUCGUUAAACAUGCAUUCCCAGCUCUUGAUCAGAACCAGCAGUCAUCUAUCAGAGGGCAGUUUGUGGAGGUCGUCAACAGUCAGCACCCUGUUCAUACCAUUAUCACUGCACGUGUUCAUAAAUUCAUCAAAGAGCUAAUGGUGACCGGAUGUAAAAGUCCAAUGAAGCUACCCCCAGGUCUAUCAGCUGUCGAGACGGAGCUGAGCCAAGUCACCGGACAGUUCCUACGCCUUGUUUCACAUAAUCGGUCAGUGUUUGGACUUUAUUACGCAGACAUUAUUAGUACGAUGUUACGGAGAGAGAGGGAUGAGGAGGUUGAGGGUGGGCAGGCUUCUGCAAUGGAUUGAGAAUAAGGAGCAGUUUUGUCAGGCUACAAUGAGGUUUACACUAUCGACAGUAAUGGGUUAACAAACUUAAUGAAACUUGCUGGCAUGUGCUGGUGUCAGACAAAUGAUACAAAAAUCCAAAGCAGUUACGGGUGCUUCGAAAUUUGUACAUAGAUUUUAAUGGGACAAAAUCAGGAAUUAUUCAGAAUUUGGAUAUAUGUUGCUUCACAGUAUCAAGCAAAAUGAAUUAUCAGUUGUAUACUUGGCCUGCUUGUCAGCCUUGGUGUUUCCGUAAAUAGCUAUUUACCUUGAGAAUUGAAUAGCUAGGUCUGUGUUCGUCACUGGUAAUAAUGUGACAUGUGUUUCCCUACAGUUUGAGCCUCUUGUGAUAUCAGAUACGAGGAAAAGUCUUCGUGGCUAUGUAUGUAAACUGCAGGUUGUUGGGCAACCAUUAUGUAGCCUUGAUGAGAUGAUGGAGCUCUCUUCACAUGAGAUGUUUGUACAUAUCACUGGACAUCUAGGUCAAUUCUUAAGUUAUUGCAUCAACAAUAUAUGCAGGAAAGACGCUAAUAAUCAUUGCAUCAUGACCUUCUUGUGAGUUUACCACUGCAAUUGGUGUACAUCUCACUCAUAUAUCAAUGUCUUGUUGAUCGUUGACACUCAAACCUUCAUGUGUUUCUUUACCACACAUUAUUCUUUGCACUAAAGAAAUAUUGUGAUGGCAACCAAGCGAGAAUGGAACUUGUCAGAUGAUCUUCUGCCAUUAUUUGUUUUAAGAUGACUAUUGUAUAUUUCAUGUGAGAAUGUCAACUGUAUAUAAUGGUUUAUAGUUUAUUUUUGUGGUAUGAUUUGAGAUCAGGUCUCCAAACCUGGCCAAGUUGAUGGCUAUCAGGUGUUGAGUUCAUCAUAACAGACCUCGCAAUGGGCUUCUGGUACAUGUUGCAAGGAGCUGUGUUGGGUUUGUGGCUCGGUCUCUGUCUUGCAGUCAUGAGAGUCAAUCCCGACUGUUGGCUUGAGACUCUAGGUAGUGAGUAAGUGAGUUAGUGAUUGUACAGCUGAGUCUUGAGAGUCAUUUAUUGCCAUGCACUUUCUGUCUCAUUC